GAGCAGACAAAGGCUUUGAGCCCAGGACGCCCCUCUCUCUCUCUCACUCUGCCUACAAAGCCAACCUAGCUCUAUCUUUCCUGCUUUUCUAUCAUGGACAUGUUUUUGAACAGGCGGCGUUCAGAGUGAUGGUUUUAUUUUUACUUUAUUAUACUGAAAUGCACGACCGUCUGGAUCCCCGCUCGGCCGAGAGAGGAAGGCUUUCUGUAGGUUUAAUACAAGGAAGCGUCGUCUGAGAGAGGGAGAGAGAGGGGGAAGGAUUGACGCUUUUCCUCCUCUCCUCCUCCUUCCUUUAGCCCCCCUCUCCUCCUCUUUUUGGCGGAGAGAGGAGUUGAGGCAGGAAUAAACGCUUUUUUUGUUUUUCCUCAUUUAUAAAUGCAGUUGAAUCCUACUGCGCAACGAAACUGGAUCACGUGGGUUUGGAGAGAGUUGGAUCGAUGUUGCACAGUUCAAUGUGAGAAAAGAGAGAAACAAACAACUCCUAUUUCUUUUUACUUCUGUGGAUAACUGGGACUGUUGAUACUUUUGCAUAAUUGCAGGAGAAGGGGAGAAGGUUAUUUUCUCAGCCUUGGAGGUGUGGAAUAUUAAUUCUUAUAUGCCUGGGGUUUGAAAAACAAUGGAGACGCACAUUUCGUGCCUCUUCCCGGAAAUUUUGGCCAUGAUUUUUAGCUAUCUGGACGUGAGGGACAAAGGCAGGGUAGCCCAAGUGUGUAUCGCUUGGAGGGACGCAUCCUACCACAAGUCAGUGUGGAGGGGGGUGGAGGCCAAGCUGCACCUCCGCCGGGCCAAUCCCUCUCUGUUCCCGAGCCUCCAGGCCAGGGGCAUCCGGAGGGUCCAGAUCCUGUCCCUGCGCCGGAGCUUGAGUUAUGUGAUCCAGGGAAUGCCUAACAUCGAGUCCCUCAACCUGUCCGGUUGCUACAACCUCACAGAUAACGGGCUGGGUCAUGCGUUUGUGCAGGAGAUCCCAUCACUGAGGGUUUUGAACCUGAGUCUGUGCAAGCAGAUCACAGACUCCAGUCUGGGCAGGAUAGCUCAGUAUCUGAAGAACCUGGAGGUGCUGGAGCUUGGUGGCUGCAGCAACAUCACCAACACUGGGCUUCUGUUGAUAGCCUGGGGCCUCCACAGGCUCAAGAGCCUCAAUCUGAGGUCCUGCAGGCAUGUCUCGGAUGUGGGGAUUGGACAUCUGGCGGGUAUGACCCGCAGCGCGGCAGAGGGCUGUUUGAACCUGGAGUACCUGACUCUGCAGGACUGUCAGAAACUGACGGACCUGUCACUCAAACACAUUUCCAAGGGGCUGACCAAGCUCCGGGUUCUGAACCUGAGCUUCUGCGGGGGGAUCUCGGAUGCUGGGAUGAUCCACCUCUCCCACAUGGCCUCGCUGUGGAGCCUCAACCUAAGAUCCUGUGACAACAUCAGUGACACGGGGACCAUGCACCUCGCCAUGGGCACCCUAAGGCUCUCCGGGCUUGACGUUUCCUUCUGCGAUAAGAUAGGGGACCAGUCCCUGGCAUACAUCGCCCAGGGGCUGUACCAGCUCAAGUCCCUGUCCCUGUGCUCCUGUCACAUCUCUGACGACGGGAUAAACCGUAUGGUGAGGCAGAUGCACGAGCUGAGGACCCUGAACAUUGGACAGUGUGUGCGCAUCACGGACAAAGGGCUGGAACUCAUAGCGGACCACCUGACCCAGCUGGCGGGCAUUGACCUGUAUGGAUGUACUAAGAUCACCAAGAGGGGGCUGGAGAGGAUCACACAGCUCCCCUGCCUUAAAGUGUUGAACCUGGGACUCUGGCAAAUGACAGAGAGUGAGAAAGUGAGGUGAUUGGAAAUGUUUUGCUCUUUUUGUUCUUCUGGUUUUUGGAUGGGGACAGAGGGGGGCCUGAGGGAGCAGGAGGAGGGGGAAUAGUUGGGCGGGUAAAUUUCUUUUCUUGUUUAAAAAGAGAGAAACCCUCCCUUUCGCCUCCUGUGGGGUUGUGUAAGGUGUGCUUCUCCCAUGUGACAACAAUUAUGUUAAAAUGUUUUAUUUUUCCUCCGUUGGCCUUGCAAGAUUUCAAUUAGUGUUUGAUAUGACCUAAUAUCCUGCCUGGUAGGAAGCAAUUUAAACUUACUCUUGCUAUGAGCUCAUGAAAAUCCCUCUUAACAAUUAUUUUGUUAUUGUAUAUUUCAGUUGUAAUAUCUCAGAAAGUCUGACAUACUGGAGUAACUUUGCAAUGCAAAGCUUGUUUCACAUUCAUUUACUGAAACCUGCUUCAAGAAAAAUACUGAAGGGAAAUUUGCAUCCAUCCAAAGUUGCAUCCACGUUUUGAUUUGAAGCAAAGUGAGGUUUAAAAACUUUACUUUUAUUGUUUUACAGUGAGUCUGGAUUGAAGACAUUUAUGACUAAUCUCCGUUACAGCCAUCACGCCUAAAAAACAUUUGGCUACCUCGUAUGUGGUUGUUUUCAAAGGGUGUAUACUGUUAAAAAAAACAGAAGGAAAAGCGAGAAUGAGAGACUGGGAGAAAAUGUGCCUAAAGGGACUGUGUCUGCCCCCUCCCCCAUCCCUCCCCCUCUCCCUCCUCCGUGAGCAGAGCUGGAGAAAGGACACAAUCUAACUACCUUUGUUAAUUUAGCCCCAUAAACAGCAACUAUUUCCCAGAGAGAGAAAGAGAAAGGGGAAAGCGAGCUAUAAAAUCUUUUUAGAUUUUAAUGACGACGCUUUAUGCAAAAAAAAACAAACAGCCCCGCUUGUGUGCAAGAGCUUUUAUAUGGUUUGUUUUCCUCAUUUUUUGGGAUAAAGUCCAACUUUUAUGUCCUUUAUAGAUGUGUUAUGUUCAAGCUUUGACAUAAAGGAAGCAAGAUUAUCUGCAUACCCUCAGAAGAAAUACCUACAGGAAUAUCCAAGUGCUACAAUGCAAAAUAAAAUAUAUAAUCAGGCUGGUAAUAAACACAACGUUAAAACAUAA